GAAGAAAGAGAGAGAGAGAGAGAGAGAGGGGGGGAAUAAAGGAAGGAAGGGGGUCGUUUUGGGGGUUACAAACAGACUGCAAAUACUUGACACAAAGAAGCAGGCUUUCUUUGUACAGAAACCAAGUGAAACCUUAUGACCGCACUGUCCGACCAGGUCUCGGUUGAGUUGAGAUUCGUCAGAGGGGAUCCACGCACACAGCUCCACCGUCAGCUUCUCACAGCCCCCUAGGAGAUCGCUCAUUCGCCUGUGCGUUACAUCACACCUCCCGGCCUCCCACACAGCCAGCCAGACAGACACACAGCCAGCCAGACAGACACGCAGCCAGCCAGACAACCAGCCAUGUUUCACCGAUUCACCAGCCUUUUUUAUGGGGGCAGCGAGAACACCUGCAUCGAGGGACCUGAUCCCUCCCUGACUGAAAAGGAAGAUGAUGGAUGGCUCAUUGUGGACUUUCCAGAAGGCCAGGAGCCAGGGGAGGUGGAGAUCAGCCCCCUGGAGAACCUGCUAAUCGAACACCCCAGCAUGUCCGUCUAUGCCGGCAGCAACACCAACAUCAGCACUAUGGAGGACGAACCAUCUGAGGUGCCCAGCAGCAGCUUUGAAACCGCUCGCCCUCGGUCAGAGACAGAAAACGCUCUGUUGUUGCUCUUCGCACAACAAGGAAGGAGCGCACGUCAGCCCAGGGCGGAGAGACUGACAGCUCCCAGCCCAGCUGUCGCGGCGGGUAUCCAGUCUAGUCUGGUGGAGAAGGUGAGUCAGGUCCGCCGUCUCCAGCGUGCCAAGCAGCGGAUGGAGAGACACCAGCUGAGCCGCAACCGCAUUCAGAGGCAGAACCUCACCAGGGAGUGUCGCUUACACAGGACCAAACACCACGGCAGCUUCGUGUACCAGCCUCGCCAGCGUCACUGCAACUAUUAAACCAAUUCAGGGACAGGACGGGUUUGGGGUUGGGGUUUUGAGAUUCGGGGGUUAAGGGGAAGUUGGAUGGCAUUAAUAAGUUUAGGUGAACUGUGUAUUUCGCAUUUCAUGAGCUGGCCUUCUGACUCUAGACCUGGCUUUUAGAGUAAAGGUGUUCCCGUGCUUUGUCUAACACCUGUCAUUUGGUACCUUCUUUUUUUUUUGGCCCUCGUUUCUGUCUGCUUUUAAGAUGUUUUUCCGAGAGGAACCGGGGCUUUCAUGCCAACUGGGUCCUUGGCUUGUGCUGUCUCUGUUUGAGCCGUGGUGGCAUAUACUGAUGUGUGUUGUGGGGCAGGACAAGCGCAUUUAAGCUGAUUGGGUUUGGUUGGUUGGUGGGGGGGGAAGCGGGAAGGAAAAAUGAAAGGAAACCAAAUUGGGAAUGUACUAGCAAGUUAAACUGUUGCGGGGAGGGAGGCAAUGACUCGGCUGAGCUGGUCUUAUCCAUGUGCCUGAAUACAUUUGCCACAGCCUGGGUUGGGGUGAGGGGGGGAAUGGGAUGAGACUGACUUGAGAUCCUGCUAUCCUCUCGAGCCAUUUUGUCGAGAGGUGUUCACAGCUAAUUAAUCAUCAGCAGUGACUGUACCUGCCCUGGGAUGGCAUUCUCACAGGCGUCCGUUACCCAUGCACAGACAUAGAAAGCGAUGCCCUCGUGUCUCAUAGUACAAUCCUCGGAGCUGGGCUCCAUUAGGGUCCCUCUCCUCACCAGACGUAUUCACUCUGGUUAUAUUCUGUACAUUUGAUACUGCACCUGUUCGCCCACAAAAUACACAGUCAAUUCACAGUAUAAGCUGUGAAGCCCU